UUAAUCGACUUUUAUCUGUCACUGCCUGUUACACUGCCAAAAUCAGCUGUUUGUUUAGUGUUGAGUUUCUCAAUUUGUUCUUUCUUUUCGGCGAAUUGUUUACUUCUUCCGUAAUUAUUUCUGAUACUUAACUGAAAUACAAGCAUUUGCAAGUGAUACAUACGACUUGCACUACAAAUCUUAACAGCAAUCAUGUCGACUGCUAUGACUUUUGGACAGAAACAGUUUAUACCGACUCCUCCUGAUAAGGGCAGUUUUCCUUUGGAUCAUGAAGGACUAUGCAAGAAGACUAUGACAAAAUAUAUGAAGUGCUUGUUUAGCAAUAACAGUGACAACUCAUUGUGUCGUGCAGAAGCGAAGGAGUACCUUUCGUGUCGAAUGGAAAAUAACCUUAUGGCUAAAGAAGACUGGUCUAAAUUAGGAUUCAAAGAGAACGAUACUCAACUGAAAGAAAACGAGAAAUGACGACAAGCUGUUUCUUUAUUUUAUUAUGAUUGUUUUAGGUAAGGUUGUUAAGUUAAUAAAUUUAUAUGUAGAAGUUGUUA